AUGAAGGCGUGCACCAUCGCAGGCUAUGAGGACCUCGAGUCAUUGAAGAUCGAGCCCGACUACCCGAAGCCCUCAGUGGAGCCAGAAACGCUGCUGAUCAGGACAUGUGCUGCGUCGCUGGCCCCGGGGGACGUGCGGGUGCUGAGCGGCCACACCACUCUCAUGCAGGCGCCCAAGCGGUUCCCCUAUGUGCCGGGCGGCGAUUCGAGCGGCGUCGUAGUGGAGGUUCACUCUGCCGAAGCAAGGUUUCGGGCGGGUGAUCGCGUCACCUGUCUGUUUCCAGAGCCGAGGCCGUUCGAAGCUCUGGCAGAGUUCCGCCUCGUGUCGACAAAGCUUUGUGCAAAGAUGCCCGAUUCGGUAUCUAUGGUGGAUGCGGCUACGGUGCCUUCGAGCGGACUGACUGCGUACUCAUUCAAGGAACACGUCCGGCCUGGGGAUCGUGUGGUGGUGGUGAACGCGUGCGGGGGUGUUGGCUGCUUCCUCCUACAGCUGCUGAAGCAAGACUUCGGCGCCAGCUACGUGCUUGCGGUCACUGGUAAUGUGGAGCUGGCUUCUUCGCUGGGUGCUGACGAAGUGGUCGACAGAAACUCAGGGGCCAACUGGUGGGAGCACCCCUCGCUGCAAACAGAUCCGGCGGAUCUGGUGCUCGACCUAUACGGCACGGCGACGCACUGGAACGCCUCAUGCACCAGCGCAGCCGUGAAGCCUGCGCGGAGGGGUGGUCGCUUUGUUUGCAUCGGACUGGAAAACCCGUGGCCAAAGGUCAAGUACUUCUGGGAUGCAGUUCCAAUAUUAUCUUCAUUUCUCAGGCGGAACCUCUACAGCGCUUUCCACAAGUCCUCGUGUCCCACGCAUGCUGGUCACUCGGGCCUAAAGACGGAGAUCCAGCAGAGGAGUGAGGCCGUUUUGCGGCUGAUGGGUGAAGGCAAGGUGAGAUCCGUGGUGGCGCAGGAGUUCCCCUUUGAUGCCGAGUCGCUCAGGGAGGCCUUUCGCAUGCAGAUGGCCAGGCGGCACUCUGGGAAGGUGGUGAUUCGGGUUUCAAGUGAAUGA